GACAAAAACACGUUUUUUGCUUUGUUUAUACUCUGCCACUCUGCAUUAUAAUUUCACAUAUUAAUUUUAAUAUUUAUUUAUUAUUUCAUUAAAUGUGGAAAUUAUAUUUUACUUUAGACUAGUUUUAUAAAAUUAUAAAUAAUUUGAUUGUAGUUUGUCAUUUAAUAAUAUGCAGAUGGUGCAGAUUUUAAAUACUACUAGUUUUUAGGUUAGGAAGUAAAAUUUUAUAAAUAUCGGUGAAUAUAAUUAAAGAGAAAAAUUAUUUUUCUUCAACAAAAAAAGAUGGAAUUACGAUCUCCCGUUUGUGGAAAAUUAUGCGGUGCAUUGUUACUUGAACACUUUGGUUCAAUUGUUCAAAAUGUGGCAAUGGACUUAUUUAAAAAUGGUGAAAAAUCUUUGAAUUCAAUUCGCAGUACCACUAAAUUACAAUUAUCAAAGAUUCAAGAGGCAUUAUGCGUUUUAAUUAAACUUGGAUUCGUUUCUUAUCAACAAAAUAGUAAAGGAAUUCUUAUGUACACCAUUGAUGUGGAGAAAAUUAUUUUAAUUUUAAGAUACUCCAGAUUUAUGUUCUUUGUAAAAGACAAUUGUGGAGAUGAGUCUGAAAUGUUGUUCGAAGAAAUUCUAAAACAUGGAUAUGAAACGGCUUCGAAUGUUAUAAUAAAAAUAUACAAGAGGCAACUGUGUAAUCGUCCCGAGAGACAAUAUUCGCUGCCAGUUCUGAAGGAGAAAUUCGAACUCCUCGUGCAAAAUCAGUUUUUAAUGCGAAGUGUUUGCUCGGAGAAGUGCAGCGACGAAGGACCAACAGAAAGACAGGACUUUAGUCUUCCCAACCUAGAUCUAAAAAGUUUGACUCUAAUGGCGAAGGGUGCCAAUGGUGAUCCAGGUGACGCUAAAAUUUACUGGCGUGUGAAUUACGAUCGAUUCGCACAAGAUCUUCGGGAUCAGCUUCUUAUUUCGGCAAUAACGAAACGAAUCGAUGCCAAUGCUGGUGAAUUAAUGCGAAGAAUGUUGUAUCAAAUGUAUUUACGUACAGCUUCCUGGGCCGAUACAUCGAAUCCAAUUCCAUUCACCGAAUUGCGAGAUGUCAUAAAGAAACUUGAAAGUCCGGGUCCUGGACUUAUUCAAUAUUUAGAUCAAUAUUUGCAUCUUAUAGAGGAAGAUUCCUGUCAGUUUAUAAGAAAAGUUGGUGACUCGAGUGGAGGACAAUUUAGCAUAAACAUGAAAGAAGCGAUCAAUCAAUUGGCAUGGGCGACAAUAGAAAAUAUUGUAAUGGAAAGAUUCGGAUCAAAAGCGGCUCGAGUGUUUAGAUUGAUACGAGCGCAAAAGUUCAUAGAGCAGGAGAAAAUACAACAAAUGGCAAUGACACCGGCAAAGGAAACAAAGCACAUUACGUACACUUUAUUGCAAGAAAAUUACAUUCAAUUGCAGGAGGUUAGAAAGCCGGGAGUUUCAGCAGCACCGAUGAAAACGUUUUUUCUCUUUCACAUUGAUUUGGAUCAAGUGGUGCGAAUGGCGAUUGAGCAUUGCUUUCAUGCCCUCCACAAUACCAUUCAAAGGCGAGAAUACGAAACUUCCACCAAUAAAAGAAUGAUUGAUAAGCAUUUGAAAAUUCAGACACUCACCGCCACAUUCAAAGAGAAGGGGGCUACACAGGAACAAUUGGAAGAGAUGGAGAGUAUGAUGACCCUGCCGGAGAAAACGCAAUUGGAAAAAGUGACAAAUCAAGUGAAACAAUUGGGUGUCAGUGAAUUGCAAAUUGACGACACUCUCUUUUUAUUGACAACAUAUUUGCGUUACAAUGAAAAGAAGAAAAAAGAAACGACAAAGUGAAUAUGUGGAUGGAUUGAUGAAAUGAAGAAACAAUGUUUUCAUUUAUAUAGGUAUUUAUUUAUAUGUAAUAAUAAUGAGUACGCUUGUAAAAUACAAACAACAAAGAGUACCUAGCUUUUAAAUUAUUAUAAUAAAUAUAAUGAUAUAUCUAUGUUUAUAA